AUGUCGGCCGCACAAAAGAUCGCAAUCGUCUCCGUCUUUGACAAGACGGGCCUGCUGGACCUGGCUAAAGGCCUCGUCCAGCAGUCCGUCCGCAUUCUUGCAUCUGGCGGCACUGCCAAGAUGAUCAGGGAAUCUGGAUUCCCCGUAGAGGACAUCUCUGCCAUCACAAAGGCCCCCGAGAUGCUUGCCGGCCGCGUCAAGACCCUCCACCCUGCCGUCCACGCCGGUAUUCUUGCCCGUAACCUGGCCACCGACGAGAAGGACCUCGCCGAGCAGAGCAUUGACAAGGUCGACUUUGUCAUCUGCAACCUCUACCCCUUCAAGGAGACUGUCGCCAAGCCCAACGUCACCGUCCCUGAAGCCGUCGAGGAAAUCGACAUUGGUGGUGUGACCCUCAUCCGUGCCGCUGCCAAGAACCAUGCCCGUGUUGCAAUUCUCAGCGACCCCAACGACUACGCCGAGUUCUUGAAGGAGCUUGAGAGUGGCGAGAUCAAGGAGGAGAGCCGCAAGCGCUAUGCGCUCAAAGCCUUCGAGCACACUGCCGACUACGACUCCAACAUUGCUGGAUUCUUCCGCUCCAAGUAUGCCGGCGAUGGCGAGCAGCACUUGGCCCUCCGCUACGGCGCCAACCCCCACCAGAAGCCCGCUGCGGCGUACACCACCAACGGCCAGAUCCCCUUCAAGGUGCUCGGCGGAGCCCCUGGCUACAUCAACCUGCUUGAUGCCCUCAACAGCUGGCCUCUGGUAAAGGAGCUCAAGGCAGCCCUCGGCAAGCCCGCUGCUGCCAGCUUCAAGCACGUCUCCCCGGCUGGUGCUGCCAUUGGCGUCCCUCUCUCUGCAGAGGAGCGCAAGGUCUACUUUGUCGAUGACAUUCAAGGCAUCGAGACUUCAGGUCUUGCUCAGGCCUAUGCUCGCGCCCGUGGCGCUGACCGCAUGAGCAGCUUCGGCGACAUGAUUGCCCUCAGUGACGUUGUGGACGUCCCCACGGCGAGCAUCAUCUCCAAGGAGGUCUCUGAUGGCGUCAUUGCUCCCGGCUAUGAGCCUGCCGCGCUGGAAAUUCUCAAGAAGAAGAAGGGUGGCAAGUACCUCGUCCUCCAGAUGGACCCCGAGUACCAGCCGGACCCGAUCGAGACGCGGACAGUCUACGGCAUCAACCUCACCCAGCACCGCAACGACAUUGAGAUCUCCCCCGAGACCUUCAGCCGCACUGUCACGCCCAAGGACUUUACCCUGCCCGAGUCCGCGACACGCGACCUUACCGUCGCCACCAUUGCCCUCAAGUACACCCAGAGCAACUCAGUCUGCUACGCCAAGAACGGCCAGGUCGUCGGCCUCGGCGCUGGCCAGCAGUCCCGCAUCCACUGCACCCGCCUGGCCGGUGACAAGGCCGACAACCUCUGGCUGCGCUUCCACCCGCGCGUCCUGGCCAUCAAGUGGAAGAAGGGCACCAAGCGCCCCGACAAGAGCAACGCCAUCGACCUCCUCGUCAGCGGCGAGCUACCCAAAUCUGGUCCCGAGCGCGAGCAGUUCGAGGCCGUCUUCGAGGAGGUCCCCGCCGCCUUCACCGAAGAGGAGCGCAACGACUGGCUCAACAAGCAGACCGACGUCGCCGUGUCCAGCGACGCUUUCUUCCCCUUCAUCGACAACGUCUAUCGUGCCGCCCGCUCCGGCGUCAAGUACAUCGCCGCGCCCGGCGGCUCGCAGAACGACUCUGCCGUGUACGAGACUGCUGAGAAGCUCAACAUUGUCGUCGUCGAGCAGAAGAUCCGUCUGUUCCACCACUAA